GGCGGGCCGGUCCCUCGCGGCCGCCAUGGCGUUGCCGCCGCGCUGAGCCGCUCCCCCGCCAUGGCCGGGGCCAUCGCGUCCCGCAUGAGCUUCAGCUCACUUAAAAGGAAGCAGCCCAAGACCUUCACGGUGCGCAUCGCCACUAUGGACGCCGAGAUGGAGUUCAGCUGCGAGGUGAAGUGGAAGGGGAAGGACCUGUUUGAUCUGGUGUGCAGGACGCUGGGACUGCGAGAAACCUGGUUCUUCGGGCUCCAGUACACUAUCAAGGAUACAGUGGCGUGGCUUAAAAUGGACAAGAAGGUUCUGGAUCACGAUGUUCCGACAGAGGAGCCUGUCACCUUUCACUUCCUGGCCAAAUUUUAUCCUGAGAACGCCGAGGAGGAACUGGUCCAGGAAAUCACCCAGCACUUGUUCUUCCUGCAGGUGAAGAAGCAGAUUUUGGACGAGAAGAUCUACUGUCCUCCUGAAGCUUCUGUCCUGCUGGCCUCCUACGCCGUCCAGGCCAAGUACGGCGAUUACGAUCCUAAUGUCCACAAGCGAGGCUUCUUGGCGCAAGAGGAGCUGCUUCCAAAGCGGGUAAUAAACUUGUAUCAGAUGACUCCGGAGAUGUGGGAGGAAAGGAUAACAGCCUGGUAUGCAGAGCACCGAGGCAGAGCGCGAGAUGAAGCGGAAAUGGAGUAUUUGAAGAUAGCUCAGGACUUGGAGAUGUAUGGAGUGAACUACUUUGCGAUUAGGAAUAAAAAGGGCACCGAGCUGCUCCUCGGAGUCGAUGCCUUGGGGCUUCACAUUUAUGACCCGGACAACAGGUUGACCCCUAAAAUCUCCUUUCCAUGGAAUGAGAUCCGGAAUAUCUCUUACAGCGAUAAAGAGUUUACGAUUAAGCCAUUGGACAAAAAGAUUGAUGUUUUUAAAUUCAAUUCAUCAAAGCUGCGUGUGAAUAAGCUGAUCCUUCAGCUCUGUAUUGGAAACCACGACCUCUUCAUGAGGAGGAGGAAGGCAGACUCGUUGGAGGUCCAGCAGAUGAAGGCACAGGCCAGGGAGGAGAAAGCCAGGAAGCAGAUGGAACGGCAGCGCCUGGCCCGAGAGAAGCAAAUGAGGGAAGAGGCUGAGAGAACGAGGGAUGAGCUGGAGAGAAGGUUGAUGCAAUUAAAGGAAGAGGCAACGAUGGCCAACGAAGCUCUGAUGAGGUCUGAAGAGACAGCAGACUUGCUGGCUGAGAAGGCUCAGAUCACUGAGGAGGAGGCCAAGCUCCUGGCUCAGAAAGCAGCUGAAGCUGAACAGGAGAUGCAGCGAAUUAAAGCCACGGCCAUCCGGACGGAGGAGGAGAAGCGGCUGAUGGAACAGAAGGUGCUAGAGGCAGAGAUGUUGGCACUGAAAAUGGCGGAGGAGUCGGAGAGGAGGGCGAAGGAAGCUGACCAGCUAAAGCAAGACCUUCAGGAGGCUCGCGAGUCUGAGCGGAGAGCGAAGCAGAAGCUCUUGGAGAUCACCAGCAAGUCAUCCUACACACAGUCCAUAAACUCGAGUACGACGGCGCUGCCUACCGACCUGCCAAGCUUCAACCUCAUCAGCGAGAGCUUGUCCUUUGACUUCAAGGAUACGGACAUGAAGAGGCUUUCAAUGGAAAUCGAGAAAGAGAAGGUUGAGUACAUGGAGAAAAGCAAGCACCUGCAGGAGCAGCUGAAUGAGCUGAAGACAGAAAUUGAGGCACUGAAGCUAAAGGAGAGAGAGACAGCUCUGGAUAUAUUGCACAACGAGAACGCCAGCCGAGGCAACAGCAAGCACAACACUAUUAAAAAGCCUCAAGCCCAGGGCAGAAGACCUAUCUGCAUUUGAGACUUCAAACUGCCCCUCUGCUCUCUUGCAGCUCACCCUCCAGAGCACCAAGUCCCGCGUGGCCUUCUUCGAGGAGCUCUAGGAAGCGACAGCCGCUCCGCACCGCUGCUGCCCGCCGUGCCCAAGCCGGGGCUGGGGAGCCGGGCAUCGCUCCCCACCAACCUCUACACACCGACGGACUCAGGUCCCAGCUGCCCACGGAUGUUCUGUGAUGUUCUCUAGCUUAGUGUCCCUUCAUCCUUUUAUUUUUAGCCUUUUUCUUAUCUCCUAGCGUAGUUUUGUGGCUUGGCCCUCCACGCUCUCCGCUGGGCUCGGGGCUGCGGUGCCCAGCCUGGCAGCCAGCAGAGGAGCGUGCCGAAGGGUCUCCCCUGCCAGGGAUGCCGUCCUUCUUGCGCCAGCGGCGUGCCGCCCGGAGCCCACCGGCGGUGCCUGGAGCUCCAUUAGGAACACAGAGCAUGUUCCAGUAGAGUGCUGUAAAUCAGGGGUUGUCGCGCCGGCUCUCCUGGCGGAGGUGGGAGGCAGGGAGCAGGAUGGCAGCAGCCGCGGGGAACCCCCGGCUGCGGGGAUGAGGGAAGGGAGGCAGGAGCGAGAGGUGGGCAGGAAGGUCCCCUCCUCCUCCUCCUCCUCCUCCUCUCCGCAGGGAUAAGGAGCGUUACAGCUAGUGCCAACCAAAUGGAACCUUUUUAUCCUGCAAACUGUGACAGAGCUGCAGCUCGAGGCUUUCGGGGGGCUCAGGGCUGGGCUGUCGCUGGGUGCCCAAGUCCAGCACCCCAUAUGGGGUCUCCCAGCUCCUCCAGACCUCCCAGGGGAUGUCGCUGUCCCCGAGCUGCCGUGUGCUGCCAGGCGACCUCCUGCCUGUCCUCAAUCGGGUGCCUUCGCUCACAGCCCCCUGGCAGUGGCCGCAGGGGGGACGGGGAUGCCCUGACCUUUCUUUCGUAUCUCUGUCCCUCUGCUCGGGGAAAAACCUCCCUUCAGCUGCAAUUUUUAACGGAGCUGGUGCUGCCCUGAGCAUCCCCUGGGCACCCCAAUUCCUCCCCUCCCUGCCCGGCAGCCGUGCCGCAGUCGGCCGGAGGGUCAGCCCAGGGCUCAGCGCACAGCAGAUCGCGUCCUAAAGACUUUUUAUUUAAACCAGAUCGACUCGCCGCGUGUGGCUGCGAUUCGGCUGGCUGCAACCUGGCACUGCCGGUGUCCCACUCCCCCCGGACUGUUGUACUCAGAAGAAAUCACCGUAUUCUCGUUUGUUUUAAUAAAAAUUCAAAGCACUAGGAGGGGCAGUUGGGGCUUCCUCGGUCUUUUUCUUUAGGAACAACCUCACUGAGCCCUUUGCUGCUGCAGUUAAAGGCAAGGAGAGGGUUUUAUGGGAUUCCAGAUCCCUCCGGCAGCUCCCAGCAGGGCUGUGGUGGCUUCCACCUCCCUGUCACACUGGGGGUCCCACUGUCCCUAGUCCCUUGGGGCUCCUCCAGCCCUGCUUGCACCUGGGUGCAAACCCUCCCGAGGUUUGGGGUGUCGUGGUGGGGGCUGAGCCCCGUGUGUGCCAUCCCUGGGGCUCUGCUCGAUGCCACCUGAGCUCGGCA